CCCAUCCUCAAAUUCAGAUCCUGCACCAUGUUAAUGUCCGAAGCGCGCCUUGCUCGGUGCUGCUGCUUUUCAAUUCUAUUCGCCUCCCUCUGCUGGCUGUAUGUCGCUUAUCAAGGCUUCGAUCCGGACGUGAAGUUUAUUCUCUGGACUUUUGUUGGUCCGGCUUUCUAUGCUACUUUUGGAUGGCGGUGGGAUACCGUUGGUUGAUUGAUGGGUAGUGGCUGUCUGUUUCUGGUGUGUCUACCUAUGGUGUUCAGUUGAAAGGUUAGAGUCUCCAAUGGGAUUCUCUUGUCUUUGAGGUGGCUUUGAGCGGGAUGGAAUACGACGCCACCACAAUGACGACCAACGCGACGACAAAGCAACCGCCAACUAUCGACUUGGGUCAUCCGUGAGCCCGUCAGUCUGCGAGAGUAGCAUUGUUCACAUAUCCCAGUGUUCGACCAUUGCAGGACCGUCUUCCGCUGGACAUCGGCGGUCGCUGGGAGAUUCGGGCGUUGUCCCACCUGAGGGACUGCAGCUGCCACUCUGCAAAGUCGCCGGGUGAUCGUUUGAAAACCAGUAUCUCGAAGCAAUCGGGAGCAACACCCUAUGUUUAGACUCUGCGACUCGCUUGAUGCAUUGGAUAUCAUCUUCACGAUCUGAUAGAAUCAAUGGUGUGUGAAGAGCACACUCACUAG